AUGGCGAAUCCAAUUUCCGAGGAUAGUUUUGGUAAAAAGUUGAUUAACUAUCUCAACUUAACUCAACAAAGUAUAGGCAACGAAUCGUCAUUUAACUCGUCCUCAGAUUUAUAUUUCUUUACCUUGUAUAUGUACAUCUAUGUGCAACCUAUUCUUUGUGUUCUUGGCUUUCUAGGAAAUUUUAUAUCCGUGUUUGUUUUCUGUUCUAAACCUUUAAGGAAUGCCUCGUCAAACGUUUAUCUGACAGCCUUAUCGUGUACCAGUUUUGUGUUCUGUCUUUCGAAUUUCCUCGUGUGGCUAGAGACCGUAAGAGUUCAAUUAUUUCAUCAAGAGGUCCUCUGCCAGGCCAUAAUUUACAUAACUUAUGUCUGCAGUUUUCUUACCGUGUGGUAUGUCGUCUGUAUCACUUUUGAAAACUUUGUUGUGACUAUUAACCUUCGUUAUGCUGUUAUCGUCUGCACUGUUUACAAAGCAAGGGUCAUAGUGACGUCGCUUGCCGUGACGGCUAUACUCUUGUACUCAUUCGCCUUGUGGACAACAAAACUACAGAACGAGAACGGAAUGAUUUACUGUGCUAUUGGAAAGGAUUAUCAUGAAACACUACACGUCUUUACCUACAUCGACAUCAUAAUCACCCUUGCCGUUCCAUUUAUAGCUAUGGCUUUCUUUCUUGGUGCUGUUUAUCUUAAGCACAUCAUACUUCGAGUUCCAUGUAGCCCGGGAUGUAAAAUGGCUCAUCCUGAAACACACAAGCAUAAAUCUAGAGGAAACAGGAACGAAUCUUUGACCAGAAUUACACGGGUAUUACUAGCAAUAGGAUCGUCUUAUAUGGUGCUAUCUGUUCCAUCUUGUGUGAACAAAAUUCGAUCCAUCGUUUUGUCCAUGAAGGACCAGCAGGAGACUCCCUCGCCUGAUAGCUGGGCCAUUGUCCAGAUUUGUCAAAUGAUAUACUACCUAUCAUUCUGUCUUAACUUCGCUUAUUACGUCAAAUGGAGUGUAAAUUACAGAAGAGCUCUUGGGAAUCUUUUCAAAAUUUUUCUUUGCAAUCGUAUUUCGGACAACGAGAACAACAAAUGUGCUCAAGUGCCAUUGAUAAAUAUUCUUUCUCGAAAGAAUGUUUCUCAAGAAAUCGACCAGGUUGCUACGUAUGUAUAAUAGAUAUUUUUAAACUAAAGGAGAGGAAGAUUUAUUACCAGUGUCGUAUCCUUGUGCCAAUCUUCUUAUUAAAUUAAUCUACAGGAUUAAAUCAAAAAGAAAAAUAUCUUAAGAACUGUGGAAAGCACGCAUUAUUUGAGCAUUAUAAAUAUUUACUUUUUAAUUCUUAAAACUGUUAUAAUGAA